UUUAAUAUCAAACUGUUUAAUAAGUGGACUGAAUGAAUGAAUAAAUCCAGACAUGCGCAGUAGAUUGAUAGAAUCACUAUAAAUGUAGAAACAGCCUCUGAACUGUGACCGCGCGCUUCAUUAAUUCACAAGCGCUAGAGAGAUGACGCUCGUGUCCGCGCUCCAGCGGUCGCGCGCCUCCUCUCCUCUUCGUCCGUGAGCGCGCGGAGGCAAGCGUCAGGAUCCAAGGACAGACCGCGGGCUCGCGAGCAUCAGGUCAUCUGGAAGUCCGCGAGGAUCACGAGCCUUGACGGACCGAAACCGAAUAAAACCGAGAGCAACGAGCGGGAAAUAAAGUGACGCGUUACCGGGGAAAUAAUAUUUAACGGAUGAUUAAUGUUGAUGAAAGGAGUCGGUGAAUCAACAGGACCAGACCGGAUCAACAAUGUCAGCGGGCUUUACCCGGGACUGAAACAGCGGCGACUCGGUCCAGACACCGGGAUCUGUCCUUCCGCUGUGGGACGGUGACGGCUCCGAACGGUACCGGAGCUUUUUACCGCUUCAACGAGCAAUUCAUCAAUUUAUCAAGAAAAACAAAACAAAAACAUCGACCUUUAACCCGACGGACCCGAGACAGAGACCGGGACCGAACCGGAGCCGAACCAGCGGACGGUACCGGACUGAGAGCGGGAACACCGGAGGGAGCACCGUGAUUUAAAUAAAUCACAGACGGUGAAAUCAACAGGAGACCGAGCGCGCGACGCAGCUCUGUAACGGAAUCUACAGCGGGGCUUUUAAUUUGAAAAUCUGGUGCAACCAGGACCAGGACCAGGACCAUGGAGCUGCGUGGCGUGCUCCUCCUCGCCGUGCUGCAGUGCUGCUCGGUGGCACGGUGCGGCUGCGAGCCUCGGCUGGUGAACAUCGGCGCCGUCCUGAGUCAGAAACGUUACGAGCAGGUGUUCAAGGAGGCGGUGAGCCAGGCCAACACGCUGUACGGGAAGGACAAGUUCAAGAUGAACGCCAUCUCCGUCACACACAAGCCCAACGCCAUCCAGAUGGCUCUGUCCGUCUGCGAGGACCUCAUCUCCAACCAGGUGUACGCGAUCCUGGUCAGUCACCCUCCACAGUCCAACGACCACCUGACGCCGACACCUGUUUCCUACACCGCCGGUUUCUACAGAAUCCCUGUUGUUGGGCUGACAACGCGUAUGUCCAUCUACUCUGACAAGAGCAUCCACCUGUCGUUCCUGAGGACCGUGCCUCCCUACUCCCACCAGGCUCAUGUGUGGUUCGACCUGAUGAGGGAGUUCAGGUGGAACCACAUCAUCCUGAUUGUGAGCGACGACCACGAGGGCCGAGCCGCCCAGAAGAGACUGGAGACCCUGCUGGAGGAGAGAGAGACCAAGACUAAAAACAGGAACUAUGAAAACCUCGACCAACAGAACUUUGACUUCAGGAGAACACCCAAGGCGGAAAAGGUGCUGCUGUUCAGCCAGGACACCAACCUGACAGCUCUGCUGCUGGAGGCUAGAGACCUGGAGGCUCGAGUCAUCAUCCUCUCUGCCAGUGAGGACGAAGCUGCAGCAGUGUAUAAAGCCGCCCGGCAGCUCAACAUGACCGGCUCUGGUUACGUCUGGCUGGUCGGAGAAAGAGAGAUGACCGGCAAAGCACUGAGUGAAGCUCCAGAUGGCCUGCUGGGCCUCCAGCUGAUUAACGGUAAGAACGAGUCGGCUCACAUCGCGGACGCCGUGGCGGUGGUGGCUCAGUCUCUGCAGGAGCUGUUUGAGAAGGAGAACAUCACGGAGCCUCCACGGGGCUGCGUGGGAAACACCAACAUCUGGAGGACCGGUCCGCUCUUCAAACGGGUGCUGAUGUCAUCAAAGUACCCUGAUGGUCUGACAGGACGGAUCGAGUUUAACGACGACGGCGACCGGCGCUUCGCCACCUACAGCAUCCUGAACUACCAACAGAAACCAGGUCGACUCGUCCAGGUCGGAGUCUUCAACGGAUCACAGGUUGUGAUGAAUCCUCAGAGGAAGAUCAUCUGGCCUGGAGGAGAGACAGAGAAACCAGUUGGAUACCAGAUGUCAACUAAACUGAAGAUCGUGACCAUCCAUCAGGAGCCGUUUGUUUACGUGAAGCCAACAAAGAGCGACGGGACGUGUAAAGAGGAGUACACUGUGAACGGAGUCCUGAUCAAGAAGGUGAUCUGUACCGGACCCAACGGGACCAUCCCAGGUCAGCCCAUUGUCCCUCAGUGUUGCUAUGGUUUCUGCAUAGACCUGCUCAUCAAGUUGGCGAUGAGCAUGAACUUCACCUACGAGGUUCACCUGGUGGCUGAUGGGAAAUUUGGCACGCAGGAGCGAGUCAACAACAGUAACAAGAAGGAGUGGAACGGGAUGAUGGGGGAGCUGCUGGGGGGUCUGGCCGACAUGAUCGUCGCCCCCCUCACCAUCAACAACGAGCGCGCUCAGUACAUCGAGUUUUCCAAACCCUUCAAAUACCAGGGGCUCACCAUCCUCGUCAAGAAGGAAAUCCCUCGCAGCACUCUGGACUCAUUCAUGCAGCCGUUCCAGAGCACACUGUGGCUGUUAGUCGGUCUGUCGGUCCAUGUGGUGGCAGUGAUGCUUUACCUAUUAGACCGGUUCAGCCCGUUUGGAAGGUUUAAAGUGAACAGUGAAGAAGAAGAAGAAGACGCCCUCACCCUGUCCUCUGCCAUGUGGUUCUCAUGGGGAGUACUACUGAACUCUGGGAUAGGAGAAGGAGCUCCCAGGAGUUUCUCAGCGAGGAUUCUGGGAAUGGUGUGGGCAGGAUUCGCUAUGAUCAUCGUAGCUUCAUAUACUGCCAACCUGGCAGCCUUCCUGGUGCUGGACCGGCCUGAGGAGCGCAUCACUGGCAUCAAUGACCCCAGGCUGCGUAACCCAUCAGAUAAGUUCAUCUACGCCACAGUGAAGCAGAGCUCGGUGGAUAUCUACUUCAGACGGCAGGUGGAGCUGAGCACCAUGUACCGGCACAUGGAGAAACACAACUACGAGAGCGCUGCUGAGGCCAUCCAGGCCGUCAGAGACAAUAAGCUUCAUGCCUUCAUCUGGGACAGCGCUGUGUUGGAGUUCGAGGCCUCGCAAAAGUGCGAUCUGGUGACGACAGGAGAGCUUUUCUUCCGCUCUGGAUUUGGGAUUGGAAUGAGGAAAGACAGUCCAUGGAAACAGAAUGUGUCUCUUGCUAUUCUCAGCUCUCAUGAGAACGGCUUCAUGGAGGAUUUAGACAAGACGUGGGUUCGAUACCAGGAGUGUGACUCCAGGAGCAACGCUCCCGCUACCCUCACCUUUGAGAACAUGGCAGGUGUGUUCAUGCUGGUUGCCGGCGGCAUCGUUGCCGGGAUCUUCCUCAUCUUCAUCGAGAUCGCCUACAAACGGCACAAAGACGCUCGAAGGAAACAGAUGCAGCUUGCCUUCGCCGCCGUGAAUGUGUGGAGGAAGAACCUGCAGGAUAGGAAAAGUGGUAGAGCAGAGCCCGAGCCCAAACUGAAAACCUCUUUUAGGUCCAUCACUUCGACCUCCGACCUCAAACGCCGUAGGGCCUCCCAGGACGCCACGCCGUACCCGACUGACAUCACCGGCCAGCUCAACCUAUCAGAUCCCUCCGUCAGCACCGUUGUCUAAGAGAGAGAGAGAGAGAGAGAGCUUCACUGCUACUGCUGAGCCACACACACACACACACACACACACACACACACACACACACACACACACACACACACACACACACACACACACACAGUUGGACAAGCUGAGCUUCCUCUGAGACAGGAAGGAGAUGUGAUGGCAUCAUGUCUUUUGGACAGUAUCUCACACACACACACACGUGCACACGCGCACACACACACAUACACACACACACACCAUCUGUCAUUCCAAACCUCUCCACCCACUACACACACACACACACACGGACACACACUCGCCUUGCUCCACUUGUAGCCAUCAGCCUCCUCCAACCAGAGGGUCUUAUAAUUUGAAAGAACUUUUUCAGACGGCUUUUAUUUUGAUAGGUGUCUGUGAUGUUGUACAGUUUGUUCAGUUUCCUGUCCGUCACGCUGAUCGAUCGCACUGAUUCAUCAAACGUCCUGAUCGGUUUCAGAGCCGGUCCACCUGCUGGCGACGCCUUCGCUCUCCACUCCACACAGAAACACACAGAACUUAUUGAUCAGGAACCCCCUGUUGAUCGGGAACCCGUCGAUAGGGAACCUGUUGAUCAGGAAUCUGAUCAUUGAUCAGAGUGUGGUUGGUGGGUGGAGUCUCUGGGACAGGAAGUUGUUGUGUAACAUGGACCAGAGAUGAACCAGACUGAGGUUCUGUCAUGGCUUGUGGGUUCUGUAGUCUUUAGAACCUGAACCAACAGUUUGGUUCAUCUCAUUAACCCCCCCCCUUUUUUUUUUUAUCUGCCAAUACUGUAUUAUAUUUAUUUAUUAUAUAUUUUAUAGUUAUUUAUUUAUAAAGUGAAAAACCCAAGGCAUUGAUGAAAGCCAUGAGAUGCAGCUGAAAGCUCUGGAUCAUUUUAUCUCGUGAUAUAUUCAUUUUAUUUACUGUUUAUAAAUAUUAAACUGCAUUUUCUUCACACGUCAAACAUUAUACAAGAAAAACAUCUAUUCUGACACACACACACAGACACACACACACACACACACACACACACACACAGACACACACACAUACACACACAGACACACACAGACACACACAUACACACACACACACAGACACACACACACACAGACACACACAUACACACACACACAGACACACAUACACACACAGACACACACACACAGACACACACAUACACACACACACACACACACACACAGACACACACAGACACAGACACACACACACAGACACACACACACAGACACACACAUACACACACACACAGACACACAUACACACACAGACACACACACACAGACACACACAUACACACACACACACACACAGACACACACACACACACACACACAGACACACACACACACAGACACACACACAGACACACACAGACACACACACACACAGACACACACACACACAGACACACACACACACAGACACACACACACAGACACACACACGUCUUUUUACUUUAUUUUUUUUUAUUUUAGUUUCUUCCGAUUUAAAGAAAAAUUUUACGAUAUUUUCCAAAAUGUUAAAAAUGUUAGAAAUCUAUAUUUCUGUUAAAGACGUUGACAGAAUCCUCAAAGUCCUGAGAAAAAUCAACCAAACAAUAACGUUUGUUUACAAUUCCUUAAUGAACGAUUCAGAUUAUUGAAGAGAAUCUUUGGAGCUGAUCUGUUAUUGAUCUGUGAUCACAGUGUUUAGAGCUUCAGAUCAGACGCUCUCCAGUCAAACAGCAACAUUCUCACAUUUUAAAUUUUUAUUUUAAUUUCUCUAUUUUACAUAGAGUAAUAAUGAAAGAUUUAUUUUGAAAGGAACAGGAAACAUUAAUGAGAUGAUUGUCCACAGGGGUGCAGCAGAGACUCCACCCCCCCAAAGAAAUGUGUGAUUAAACACCAAAAACUCCCUGUUCAUUUUGUCACUUUAUAUUUAUUAAUUCAAAUGUUGAUUAACCUUUGACCUUUGUUGAUGACACUGCUGUUGGUGUGAAAUAUUCUAAUGAUAUAAAAACAUAGUUUUGUGCAACAGGAAGUUGUAACACUGAGCAACAACAUCUUGUAAAUCUGAUUUCACCGUGUUAUAAAAUACUUCCUGACCCAGAGGCUCCACCCCCUCCACCCUGACAGUCCCAGGGCAUGCUGGGCAAUGUAGUCACCGCUCCACCUCCACUGUGUCCCUGCUGAUGAUGUCAGUCUCUGUCUACCUCCACAACACUGCCACUAACAGAAACUGAUGUCAUGUGAAAACCUCCUAACUCCUCACAGACCUGUCCACGCAGUUCCGCAGGAGUUAGGAGGUUUUCACACUGCAGAAGCCACGUAGCUGAACCCUGUCGCUACGAAUGAGAAACACACAACAACAGAGAGCUGAGAACCUCACUGAGAACAACAGAACCUCCUGAGGAACCUUAAAGAACAACUCAAGUGUUUUACCUGUUUUCCACCGCUGUAACUCAUUCAUAUGAGAAUCAGCCUGAGACCUGACGCCUUCAGUUUGUGGUCAAAUAUUAAACAUACAAGGUAAAACUUAUUAUCAUUCUCAUUCAGGGGAACAACAUAACACAAUAAGAACAAAAGCAGUUUCAAAAGAGACAAAGUUAAGGAGAAAGAAGUAAAGUUUGUUGUUUGUAGCCGUGUGAUAAUUGUUUUUAAUUUAGUCACAAACUGUUGUCAUUUAUCGGAACAAAGACCAACAUGUUGAGCUAACAUGGAUAAUGCUAAGAUAGCAGCUAAAGCUAACAAGUUUCCCAUCUCUGAACAAGUGUAUAAUUUCUGAAUGGGACCUAAAGGCUAACACUGAUGCUAAUGUAGAAAAUGAGGCAGUCACCCUUCUCUCAUUUAUUUAACCAGCACAGCUAAUGCUAUGGCUAUAGUCAAUGCUAACCAUAGUUGCCUUUUUUCUGUGGAUAAACAGAAAUAACAAGAUUCAUUAAGUAAAACCAACAUGGCUAUCUCUUACACUAGCUAAGGCUAACACUACCUUUGCAGAAUUUACCGCAAUUUAAUGUAAACAAGCAUGAAGUGGGUGGCAUUAGACCUCAAUAUGGCCUCUGUUCUUUGGAACUUAGUGUGUAGCAAAUUUAGCUUAUUUAGGCUAACUGUGGAUUACAUGUGACUAAAACCAACACUGCUAAUGCUAAUGCUCAGGAUAAGGCUAACCAUAGUCUGUUUCCUGUUCUUACACUAAUUUCACAGAGGUUUUCUUAACAUUCAUUAGACCAACAUGGCUAAUGCUAAUGCUAAAGAUAGAGCUAACUGUAGUUACCAAUCUGUUUUCUGUCUGGGUUUCUGAGCAUUUCUCAGACCUGUGUGGCUAAAGCGACUUCUGAUGCUAAAGCUAACAGUGGUUUGCUGCUCAGCUAGUUCUUCUCAUCACAGCUGGUGAUAAUGCUACUGUAGCUACUAGGUCAAGCUAACCAAAGCUACACAGAUUUACAGCUAAGACAAGGCUUAUGCUUAGUUAACGGUCAUUGUCAGGAUGAUCAUCAUCUCAUCGAUUAGUCCCAUGAUUAUUGUCUGUAUUGAUUGUUGAGCUGAUGAAAUGCUCCUCACAGUUACAGACCUGACGUGACUCAUUCACAUGUCGCAGUAAAUUAUUUCAUUUCUGUCUUGUAAAAUUACUGUAAAUUAAAACCGCUCCUGUCACCACAUGUAUCUGAUUUAUCUUUAAUUAAUGGAACAAAAGAUUCACCAAAGAAAAUGUUUCUAUUUCUGCUCUGAAUAUAAACUCCAGAAACAACCUUAUUAUUAUUCUAUUAAUUAAUUACAGACAAAUCAAUAAAAUGGAUUAAUCAAAGUUCAACUUAAAUUCAUUUUGAAACAUUAUUUCACAGAUUUACUGACUGAAAACUAAAGUGACAUGUUUGUAUAGAUCUGUGAUAGAGGAAUGAAACGUGACCGAGCGGACGUUCACUCCUCAGGUGUGCACAGGUGAAGGUCUGACCGCUCGACCGCUCCAUCACUGUUUACUGAAAACUCAUAUUGAUUUGACCGACCUCGGCCUGUGGUUAUAAUUGUCACAGCGGAGCAGGAUUAUGUAACAUGUUUGUGAAGUUAGUUCCUUUGCCAAAGUAAAAGCCCUAAUAUUACACUGUAAAAAUAAAAGCCCUGCAGAUGAUCUGUUACACACGAUCAUCACAUUGUUAUUACUGAUGCAUGAAUGUUGAAGCAGCGUUUACUUAAACUCCUGAUUAUGUUCUCGGUCGAUUGAUUGAUUAUCUGGUUUGUCUUUGUCCAAUUAACAGUUCAGAUAUUAAGAUUGUUCAGUUAUUGAUUAGAGACGAAGAAAAGCAGCAAUCUUCAUCUGAGUAACUGGAUCCAUCGAAUGUUGAUUGAUCAGCUGUUAAAGUAUUUUUCAUUUCCGGUUGAUUAAUCAAUUCAGAUCUAUUUUAUAUAAUAUUGGAUGCUGUCAUGUGGCGGCUCCAGCUGCAAUGCAUCAUGGGAUGUAAACACUGUUGUUGCUGAACUCAGACUCUUCAUUGUUCUCAGUGACGUUCGUGUCGUUUCACGUCGACUCUGAUGCCGUGUUGAAAACUGAGCUGCUGCACGACUCGCUGCAAACCUCCUGCGUCUAUCAGGAACAAAGACCUGAUGUUUUUAUUUGUGUUUACACACGACUUCCACCUCCACAACAACAACAACAACAACAACAACGACCUUCAUUCACUCUCGUGUGUGUCAGUGACGUCUGCCUCCAGACUCCAGCUCAGUCCGUCAGACGGAGGAAGUAGAGUCCUGUUUACCUCCAUCAUGGAGGUCAUGUUGUUUGUUUGUUUGUUUGUUUGUUUGUUUGUUUGUUUGUUUGUUUGCACUGAACUUGGGGGAGGGAGGGGUCGUGGUCCAGGUUCAGAUCCGGAUCAUUUACUAAGAAUUAGAACCUUUUCCUCUGAAGUCUGGUUCAUGUUGUCUGGUUCUGGUCUCAGGUCUCAGGUCCCCUCUAGUUGGAUCUGGAAACAGGUUUAGUUUAGGUCCAGUUCACAUCCAGGGACCAGUUCACAUCUAGAGACCAGUUCACAUCAGAGACCAGUUCACAUCAGAGACCAGUUCACAUCAGAGACCAGUUCACAUCCAGAGACCAGUUCACAUCCAGAGACCAGUUCACAUCAGAGACCAGUUCACAUCAGAGACCAGGUCCAGAUCCAGAGACCAGUUCACAUCCAGAGACCAGUUCACAUCAGAGACCAGUUCACAUCAGAGACCAGUUCACAUCCAGAGACCAGUUCACAUCAGAGACCAGGUCCAGAUCCAGAGACCAGUUCACAUCAGAGACCAGGUUCAGAUCCAGAGACCAGUUCACAUCAGAGACCAGUUCACAUCAGAGACCAGUUCAGAUCCAGAGACCAGUUCACAUCAGAGACCAGGUUCAGAUCCAGAGACCAGUUCACAUGCUCUGUGGUUCAGGUCAGUAAAGAUGGAGGUUCAGGUUCACUAUGAAUAAACAGACUGUCUCUGUGUGAAACCAGACCAGGAUCUUUAACCUGAACCAGGAUCUGUGAGUGUGAACAGAACCAGAACCAGCUGAGUGAGGUGGACACUGGUCUGAGGUCAGAUGUUCUGGUGGAAAACAAACGUUCAGGAUCAACGUGUCUGUGACUAAAACUGCGACGUUCCCCACGCGGCUGCCUGCUCAGCUGUUGUAGAUGUGUCAUGUGACUCUGCAGGUGUCAGUGAUGAUGAUGAUGGUAAAUAUCUGACCUCAGACCAGUCUCCACAUCAUUAAACUGGUUCUGGUCCUGUUCUGGUUUAACACCCUCUGAAGACUCCAGGCUCAGUGUUUCGUUUGUGCUCAUUUAGUUUUUAUUUGUUUGCUUUUAUUGUCUUCUUCAUUUACGUUAAUGUAUUUAUUGAUUGAUCGUUUUAUAAUCGAUCAAUAAUCAAUACUGGGAGUUGUUUAAAGUGAGUCUGUGGGUGCAGCUCAGUCGAUGGUUAAAUAAUGAUGUCACAGUUUUUCUAACAUUGUUUUUAUUUUAUUUUGUAAAGAUUUCUUUGGUUUGUUUUUGACUUGUACAGAUGAUGAUGAUGAUGAUGAGAUGAUGUUUGUAUUGAAUCGUAUAUGAACUGGUCUGAGGUGACGUCACACUGUUGAUAUUUUCCCUCCGAACACAAACUGUAGACGUACGUUGUUAUAAACUGUAGAAGAAGAAGUGUCCCUCCCUCUGACCUCUGACCUCUGAGGAGUUGAUGUGACCUGUUACAUGUUGGUUGUAUACGGUCGUGUGAAGGUUUCUUCCUCUCUGACAUGAAGCCUCUCGACUCGGAGCUUCUGCCGUUUCUCAUCAAACAUAAAGAUUUAAUAUGUGAAGGUAUAAAAACCAUUAACUCCUUAUUUCACUUAUUUUUGUAGAAAGUUCCUGAAAACAAACAAAUAUUUCCUAAUUAUCCUAAUCAUGAGGGAAAUACGAACAAUGUUCAGUUAUUAGAUUUAAAUGAAUUAAUAAGUGUUUAGCUGAAGCUGUAAAAAUGUGAACUUUGUGAACAGCAUCAUGAGAAUCUACUUAAUGUUUCAUUAAGAUUCCAGUAAUAAAUCAACAUGUAACAUGAGUUUGUUUUUCUGUUCAACAUUAUUUGUCUUAACUUUUAAAAAACCUUUAAAGUUUCUCUCUCUCCUCCCAGUGUCUGUUUCACCCUCAGCAAAUCCAUAUUAUAAAAUAAAUAAAUAAUAUUAAUCGAUAA